AUGUCAAUACAAUCUAGAACCGACGUCGACCCCCAAACCGGGAAAAUUUUGCCUACAAUCCGGGUCGGGGCCCACCUGGGCCAGAUUUCCGACGCCCCGACCCGGGCGCCCUUCCACCGCCGCGCCCACUCCGAGACCUUCUUCCGCUUCCCCGACCUCGACGACAUCCUCGUCGACGGCGUCCUCGCCGACCUCAACCUCGAAACGCCGCCGUCUAUGCAGGCGCCGCAGCAGCAGCAGAAGAGGAACGACGGGCUGGCUCAUCUGCGGAGCCUCUCGGUGGACGCGGAUUUCUUCGAGGGGCUUGUGCUGGACGGUCCGCCGUCGGCUGAGGCGGCGCCGCCUGGGCCGCGGCACAGGCAUAGCAACUCCAUGGACGACUACUCCAGUGCGACGUCGUCGUGCGAGGUCGAUUCGAACGCGAAGAAGUCUAUUGCUGCGGAUAGGCUGGCGGAGCUCGCCCUGAUUGACCCUAAGAGAGCCAAAAAGGGCUGCUGUAUGUGCAGGAUAUUGGCGAAUAGACAAUCUGCUGCGCGAUCGAAAGAGAGAAAAACGCGCUACACGGGUGAGCUGGAAAGGAAAGUUCAAACCCUGCAAAGUGAGGCCACCACGCUCUCAGCUAAGAUCACAUUGUUGCAGAGGGACACAAGUGCGUUGACAGCUGAGAACAAGGAACUGAAACUGAAGCUGCAGGCCAUGGAACAGCAAGCACACCUCAGAGAUGCUCUGAAUGAAGCCUUGAGGAAUGAACUGCAGUGGCUCAAGAUUGCAGCCGGCCAAAUGCAUGGCUCCAAUGGGAGCAGCAGAGGGGCAUCCUCCCCAUUUUCACCACCCCAGCCUCCAACGCAAAAUUAUUAUGCGCAGCAGCAGCACACAAGCCCCAACAACGCAAACGGAGGGUUGAUGAUGCCUCUGAGGCAUAGUCAUUUGUCAAAGAGAAGUAUAUUAUCCGUUGUAUAUAAACAUCUGUGUAAAUGUAGUAUCUACAUACAUGCUAUUGAAUGGCUAUCAUGUGUCAUAUGACCACUUACGAAAUGUUCUUUGCCAGAAUAUGUAGCUCGUAUACAUAAAAAAUAUCCACAUUACACAUUAUUUGAAAUAAAUUUAGUCUCAUUCAGCUGGGAUGUUAAUUGGGUUGAA